GAAUUUGUUCGUCUUCUUUCCUCGAUUUCUUUCGCUCCCUUUCCUCCGGAGCUCGCACGACUGCCGUGCUCCUCGUCCCACUGUCCCAGCCCAUCUCAAUCUCGCCUCGCCGCCGGCACUUAAACCCGCCUCCCGCGAUGCAGAAGACGGCCCAAUCCUGGUUCACCGGCGGCUCCGCCUCCCCCGCCUCCGCCGCUAGCGAGUCGCAGCCCUCCCUCCUCGCCGACUGGAACUCCUACUCCGCUUCCCGCUCCGACGCCUCCUCCUCCUCCCCGCUCCCGUUCGACAUCGAGGCCGCUGUCCGCUCGGCCAACGACACCGUUUCCGGCACCUUCAAUGUGGUGACCAAGGGCGUGCGGGAGCUGCCGGGGAGCUUCCAGGGCGCGACGAGCAGCUUCCCCUCGGGGAAGGCGCUCAUGUACUUUGGGCUCUUCCUCGCCACCGGCAUUUUCUUCGUCUUCAUCGCGUUCACGCUCUUCCUUCCCGUCAUGGUGCUCAUGCCGCAGAAGUUCGCUAUCUGCUUCACGCUUGGCUGUGCUCUCAUCAUCGCAUCGCUCUUUGCGCUCAAAGGACCCGCGAACCAGCUCUCCCAUAUGACGUCAAAAGAGAGACUACCUUUUACAGUGGGGUUCACUGGAUGCAUGGUUGGCACGAUUUAUGUUUCUAUGGUGCUUCACAGCUAUUUUCUCUCGGUGAUAUUUUCAAUCCUUCAGGUUCUGGCGCUUGCUUACUACACCAUAUCCUACUUCCCUGGAGGCUCUAGCGGAUUGAAAUUUAUCUCAUCCAGUCUCCUGUCUCCGGUAACAAGAAUUUUUGGCCGGUAGCCCAAGUAGAACAAAUUUGUACGUGAUGAUCAUAUUCGUACACUUGUAAUGCCCGAAAUGUUCUGUACGUAGUUGCUGGUAUGAUCAACCCGCCAUAGAGAUAUCAGAUACAAUUAUUACCCACUCCUUUGCUUGCUUGAUACAUCACUACUCUCUGUUUCAUAAUUCUUGUCUCAAAUUUGCUAAAAAAUGGAUGUAUCUAUUCCUAAAAUGCGUCUAGAUAUAUGUAAUAUUUCGACAAGAAUUAUGGAACGGAGUGAGUACCAUUUAAAAUACUCCCUCUGAUCCUAAAUUGUUGUCGAAAUAUUACAUAUAUCUAGACACUUUUUAAGAAUAGAUACAUUCAUAUUUGGGCAAAUUUGAGACAAGAAUUUAGGAUGGGAGGUAGUAGAUGUCAGGCGUACCGCGUACGUGUUGGGUGCACGGAGUGGACAAUGUCUGUUGUGCUCUUGUAUCAGAAGUUUUCUUGUGAGCUUAUGUUGUGGAAAUAAAGUUAUUACUACUGCCGAGUUAAGGCUAAA